CGGCCGAGGGCCCGACGGCAGGCAGAGUAGAUGGGCUGGACUCGUGUCUUUCCCUGAACAGGUGUGUCUCGGGGAAGAAGAAUCCAGUCUAGGCAGCUGGCAGCUAGGAUACCGUCUUGUGUGUGUGUGUAAAUCACAAGAAAGGAUUGCAAGGACUGGAUACUGUUCCUCCUCUCAGUUGCCCAGUGGUUCCACUUCCACUCUCAUCCCUCUUGCUGCAGUGGCUUCCUGGGCUACAGAGGACAUUCAGUUAGACUGCCAGAAGCUGGAGCAAGGAAAUGGACACCAUUUCUAUUGAGGAUGUGGCUGUGGAUUUUACUCAGGAAGAGUGGGCUUUGCUGGAUCUUGCUCAGAGGAAACUCUGCAGAGAUGUGAUGAUGGAAACCUUCAGAAACUUGACCUUCAUAGGUAAGAAUGGCCGUCAGUGUGGGGAAACAUUCAGCCAGAAUCCAGCUCAUACCAGGCUCAAAACUAUUCCUGAAUUGAAUCUUUCUGAAUGCCGUGUGUAUGGAAAAGCCAUCAUCGAUCCUUCAUCACAUAAGCAUCAAAUCAGAUCUCAUACUGGAUACAGUGCCUGUCAUGCUAAAAAGUGUGGAGAAGCAUAUAGUGGUCCCUCCUACCGAAGCAGUUCUGUGAGAACUCUUACUGGAGAGAAGCCCUGCAAAUGCAAGGAAUGUGGGAAAGGUUUCAUUUGUAUCUCAACUGCUGAAAAUCCUAAGACAACACACACUUCAGAAAAACUCUAUGAAUGUAAUGAAUGUGGUGAAGAUUUCUCUAAUUCAUCAUCAUUUAGGAGACAUAUGAGCACUCAUAAGUGCAAGUAUAAAAAAUGGAAAACUCACCCUUCAUCCAUCAGUUUACAUCAGAAAUUCCAAAGUGGAAAGCAGUCUUAUGAAUGUAAAGAAUGUUUGAAAGUCUUUAGUUGUGCUUCAUACCUCACUGAUCACAUGAGAAAUUACACUGCAGAGACACCUUUGAAACCUACAGAAUUUGCUGAAUCAAGUCAGUCCCCAAGACUCAUGAAACAAAUAAGAUGUCACAGUGGAAAGAGGUCAUAUGAAUGUCAACAAUGUGAGAGAGUCUUUCAUCAGUAUUCACACCUCACUACACAUUUAAGAAUUCACACAGGAGAGAAACCUUAUGAAUGUAAGGAAUGUGGGAAAUCCUUCAGCCAUUCCUCAUCCUUCAAUAAACAUAAAAGAAUCCACAGUGGAGAGAUGCCAUUUGAAUGUAAGGAAUGUGGGAGAGUCUUUAACUGUUCUGCAUCACUCACUGUACAUAUAAGAACUCACAGUGGAGAGAGGCCUUAUGAAUGUAAGGAAUGUGGGAAAGCCUUUACUCGAUCUUCAAACCUCACCAAACAUAUUAGGACUCACACUGGAGAGAAGCCUUAUCAGUGUAAAGAAUGUGGGAAAACAUUUACUUGCUCCACAUCCCUCACUAAACAUUUAAGAAUUCAUACUGGAGAGAAGCCUUAUGAAUGUAAAGACUGUGGGAAACGCUUUCCUUAUUCCUUUUCUCUUAGCACACAUAUGAGGAUUCACAGUGGAUUUAGGAGGAAUAAAACAAAAAAGAAUACCUGAGACUGCGUAUAUACAACCAAAUACCUAAUGGAAAUCAAUUCCUUGGUUUGAAAUGUUAGGGUUGUGGUUUCAUUAGCCAUCAAAGUUAAGUGGUCUAAUAAUGUGUUUAAUGUUUCUGUUCGUUCUUUGAAUUCAUUGUGAUUUGAAAUACUUGCAAGCAACCAUCCAAGGCAUGACAAUUGAUCUAUUCAUCUGGAGCAACAGAGGAAGUAGGGUCAGAAAUAAGGAAAUAUAGAGGAUGUGUAAUAUGUCCCUAAUUUUCUCUAAGAACAAUUGCAUCCUUGUUGUGAGAACACAAGGACUGCAUAGUGCCUUGGUACCACUGCUGAACAUUUUGAUGAGAUUCCAUAGAAGAAUUCUGCUUUCAAAAGGGAAAAUCCUGAUCAAAAGGUAGAACUUCAAAUUCUCAUGGCCUCACACUUUCAACCUUUAUGACUAUAAACAUAGAACCAUGGAGGAUGGAUGAAGCCACGAAACUAUGGCCCUGAGAUAGUCUUUAUACCUUAAACCAAAAAUUUUCCUGAAGUCUUCUAAAAACCAAACAAUGCAACCUCCCCUGCAUCCCCCAUCCUAAACUCAUUGCCAUCCAGUCAAUGUAGAGGGCAGUGAGUUCAUGUUAAUGAGAGAGUAAAACUUCAGAAAAGGAGAGUGAGUGUGGUUGCACACUGAAAAAAUAUAAUCCGUACCAAUGUAUUAUAAAUCCAGAUACUGUUGAAUUGAUGUAUGUUUUGCUGUGGAUAUUCUCAACAACAAGAUAAACUCUAGGGAGAAAAAUAAAGCACAGUAGAGAGCAAGCCUAAAUAUAAACCAUAUGGACCAGCCUUUAGUCACUUCUCAAACCUCCCUAACUAGAAAAAAAAAUUCACAGUAGAGAGAAGCCUUAUGAAUGUCAAAAACGUAGGGAACCAUUUAAUCAGUUGGUACAUCUCACCAUUUAACAAUUCACAUUGUAGUGAGUAUAGGCAAUUUGGUAAAGGCUUUCAUCAGUCUUCAAAACUCCCUACACACACACAGUACUUAAGAUGUUUAGCUACCUGAUAAACAUAAGGAUUGUGUGGCUCUACUUGCUCUCCCUUUCAGAACUCAGUAUACAGAGAACUUAUGAAUGCAAGGAAUCUGGGAAAGUACUUAUUAUUCUCCUGUAAACAUACUAAUUCAUAGUGGAGUCUUUUUUUCUGGUGCAAAAUGAGUCCACUUUUAUUAAUUAGUAUCUUACAGCAUAAAACACAAAAGACAGGUGAGGUAGCAGAGCCAGGUAGCCCUUCAAACCAAGAAACAGGGUCGACUGGGCUCAGGAAACCAUAUGAGUUGUGGGAGGCAACACCCUCUGGGAGUGUGCCUGGACCCAAGGGUGCUUCAGAAUCUGGGCCAGGGCCAUUCGCUCCAAGGGAUGAUAUACUGAGCAGCUUGGAGAUGAGGUCCUGGGCCCCA